AUGCAGCAUGGGGAAGGGGGGAACCAGGGCGAGGGGGCUAUCGAGCGCGAGGCGCCGAUGCCUACCUUCAGCUGGGAGGAGAUUCAGAAGCACAACCUGUGCACGGACAGGUGGCUCGUCAUCGACCACAAAGUCUACAACAUCACCAAAUGGUCCAGCCGGCAUCCACGGGGCUUUCGGGUCAUCGGGCACUACGCAGGGGAAGGUGCUACGGACGCCUUCCUCGCCUUCCACCGCAACCUCAGUUUCGUGCGCAAGUUCAUGAAGCCUUUGCUGAUCGGUGAUCUGGCCCCGGAGGAGCCCAGCCAGGACCACAGCAAGAACUUGCAGAUCACUGAGGACUUCCGGGCCCUGAGGAAGACCACUGAGGAGAUGAACCUGUUCAAGACCAACCACCUGUUCUUCCUCCUCCUCCUGGCCCACAUCUUCAUCAUGGAGACCAUCGCGUGGUUCACUGUCUUUUAUUUUGGCAAUGGCUGGAUUCCAAUCAUCAUUAUGGCCUUUAUUCUUGCUGCCUCUCAGGUGAGGCAUGACACAUUCACCUGUCACUUGAAGCCCCUGCUCCCUCCCCCCACCGACUCUCCCAACUCCCAGAGGCCUGGUGUCUGGGUGCUGAUGCUGUGA